AACUAUAUAUGGCACGAGAAAAACUACAUGGAGAAUCAUAUAAAAGUGGCAGUCACUGUGAAGCAGAAUGUGUAUAUAGAUUAGUACCGUGUAUAUGAAACCCCUUACACCGUAAAAUCCGGGUGACUAUUAAGGAUUCCAAUGGUUAUAAAGAGGAGAGGAGAGGAGUGAAUAUGAAGCAAACAUCAAAAGGAAGAGUAGAAAGAGUACAAAAGAGAGACAGAGAAGCAAAUGAAAUCAACAGUGGAAAGCUAAAAGGAAACAGAUAUGUCCACUUUCCUCUCAAAGUUUCAAAAGGUACACAGAAACAUCAAACAUACCUGAAUACUAUCACUUGGUCCACUCUCCCUCUCUCUUGUUAUUGAGCAUCCUUUUCAUUUCAUUAUCACUUGUUGUCAUCUUCAUCUACUCCAUCAACAGGUUGUCGUUUCAUCAAACAAAUAAAACCGGUCCCAGUUUUUUGGAAAAUCUUUGGAACUGCUAAGCUUUCUUUUUUCUUGUUCCCCCCUCAUCUCCUUUCUUCCUCUCAAAAAAUAUUCUAAUAAGGCGCUUGAGCGAAUAUACCCAAUACGGUGAACUCUGGUUCGAACCCCGCUGGCCACACAGAUAUGGGCUAUUGCUUUCGGCUCAUUUGAAUGCCCAGGAAAAGGUCUAUCCGUGGGCUGUACCUCCACCCGGGGUUAGGUCUGUGUCUUUAGUAGACCCGGGUUUAACCCUUUUAGUUUACAAAAAAAAAAUAUUCUAAAAUAUAUCCAUUAGUUUACACAAAAACUGAACACUGUACAUAUUCAUUCACACAUUUGAAAGAUGGGUCACCAAUGAUGGUUUAGUAAUAUCCCUUACACAUAUAUCCGCGGUUGCAUACGCUAUAUACACCAUAAGAAGCCGAGUUGGCCGGAUGGCCCUGGCCCCUAUGAGAAUCUGUCCAUAGGAAACAACUCAUCUAUCAAUCAGAGCCAGAUUUAUCCUGGUCACAAUGGUCCACUCGAUGAUAAAUAUCAAGCACAGUUAUAAACUAUAAGAAAACAUAUAUGACAUGUAAGUUUUUUUUUGGUGAAGUAUAUGACAUGCAAGUUGAAGAACUAUUAAGCAUAUAAGGGCACAAGACAUAGAGAAGAAGAAGAAAAAAAUAAAGUAAAAUAAUGCAUAAUAGAGAACAGAGGUUUGUCUAUUAAAGGAGAAAGCAGACAAAUAAAAAGGUUGAUGUGAAGUGAAAGUUGGCUCCUAUAAAAGGGAUAAACACAGGUAUUAGAUGGUGGAGAGUUCCAAUCAGCUUCAAGUGUUUUGUUCUGUCUUUGUGUAUGUGUGUGUUGUGUGUCAGCAAAACCAGACCAAACCCAUCUCUCUCUCAUCUUCUUACUACUUUUCUCCACUUAUACUUAAAACCCAAAAGCAUUUCUAGCGCUCUUUCCUUAUGUAGUAUCAUCUUCUGAGAAAAAAAAAACCAUCACCUCAUGGAUGCCUCCAGGGACGAGCCAAAGCCAUCUGAUUCCUCAUGCAUCGUUUCCACAUCUAACACUCUUUCAUUGAGCCUAGAGCAUUACAACAUAGACGCAGAAGAAGAUGACUAUGACCAAAAAUCAGGAGAGGAAGGCAUAAAGCUCGACCUUAUGCUAGCAGAAUAUGAUUAUAGUCAGCCACAGCUCAAUCAAGAACUCAAUCUCAUCGGCAACUUAGACGCGAGUGAAGCCACUCCGAGUUAUAAAGGAUCAACUUCCACUGAGCAAAAGCUCUUCUCAUGCAACUACUGUCAAAGAACGUUCUACAGCUCACAAGCCCUUGGCGGUCACCAAAACGCCCACAAAAGAGAGAGGACUUUAGCUAAGCGAGGGAAACAGAUGGAAGCUUUCGGCCAUCCAUAUGGUUUUGCUCCUGUCCCGUUCCACGGACAGUACAGCAACAGAUCAUUGGGUAUUCAGGCGCACUCAAUGAGUCACAAGCUAAGUUCAUACAACGCCUUUGGUGCUGGCGAGUAUGGUCAGUUCAGCUGGUCAAGGACACCACUUGUUCAGCAACCAGCCAUAGGUAGACUAUCUUCAACAACAGAGAACCAUCAUCAGAUGAUGUUUCCUCCACCGUUGACUUCAACAUGUGAGAACUUCGGUAGGUUCAGUGCUGGAACAAUUCCAGUAGAUUCUGAAGAAGAGCAGCAGAAGAACCUUGACUUGUCCCUCAAACUCUGAGAUUCUUCUUGUCUCUUCAAUUAUUUUUCUUUGUGCUGGUUUUUUGUUAUCAUUGAUAUGUUCACCAGUAUUACUCAAGUGUUGGUACUUAUUAUUGUGAGUAUAUUUUGUCUAGCAUAGAUUUAUGUUGUACAUGUUUCCAUAUUUCUACAAGUUUUCAGCUAGACAUCAAUGGAUUUCUUUUACUAUAUUAAACAUUUUUAGUGUGUAUAAGAAAGAUAUGGUAUUGAAAUCUACAGGCGGAUUUGUUGUCCAUGGAUAACCAGUAAAGAAAAGACUUGUAGUCACAGUUUGGUUACCUAAAAGUUAUAAGGAAAACAUUCUUUUAAUGAGAAAGUGAUUAACAGACACAGAAAGACAAAAUAAAACAGAUAUAAAAGAAGAGCUUGUUGUUAGUUGUGAUGAUGACAAGAAGCAAAAAGUUCAGAAGAACAAAACACACAGUUCAUACAUCAUAU